AUGUCAGUCAGCAGUGAGUUCGAUGCUGUCGUACGUGCCUACGAGUCGCAGCUGCGCAGUGGUCCCCUGCGGCAGGACUCUGAGGAGUACCAGGCGCAGGUAUCUUCCACUAUUGAACGGCUCGUCGCUUUGAAGGACAAACUGUUUGGUCAACUCGCGCUGUUCAGCUCCAACGAGACUCUCGACGACUUGCCGACGUCGUCGCUGAAGUACCUCGCCGUGGACUACUACCUUGCGCUGCUAUGCGCCCGGAAACAACCAGCGGACCCGGCACAACGCAACCGCUUCAAAGUCAUGUUCCUCAACAAGGCAGUGCAACUGUUCAUGCAGUUCCUCGUGUCCCUGCAGGACUACGGCAUCUUGGACAAGUACCUUGCCGGGAAACUGGAGUCCUUCAACGAGACGUUACACCCAACGCUGCAGGAAUUGUUCACUGCGGGGAGGAACCCAACGGGCGAUGAACUGGGACAAGCGUACGUCAAGAGGCAGCAGAAGAUCGAGAUACACCAGCGGACCAAGCAACUGGACGACAGGUUGAAGCUGCUACAGAAGAAGUACGGCGACAGUGAUGGAGACAGUGACGGUGACGAGGUCUACAGGGAACUAAUGCUCACAAAGUUGUCCAACUUGAGCUACGCCGCUUUGAACGAGGUGGAACAGAACCUCUACGAGGUGGAGCUGCUCGAAAACUUCUUGAAGAACGGGCCCAGAGUUGAGGAACUGCCCCAGGAUAGUACGGAACACGCAAAGGAGGCGUACACGGACAAACUCGAGGUCUUGAACAAACCGCUUUUGUCCAAACAGGGCAAAGUGCUCCAAAACUUCACCCUCGUCGACAACAAGUCCAAGUUAAAGGAUAAAGUGUUUGGCUAUGGCCAGUAUGGACCCACCAUGUCCGUAGAACAGUUUUUACAGAACGAAUUGGACACUGGGAGGGUCCUUCAAGGCGGUGGGGAGAUCCCGGACGAUGACGCGGACAAAAAGCACGAGGACGACGAUGCCUGGAACGACGCACAGACGUAUAAAGCCCGCGAGUGGGACGAGUUCAAGGAAACACACGCCAAGGGAAGCGGGAACACCAUGAACAGAGGGUGA